CGUAUAAAAAACCGAUUCUCCGAGAAGAUCCUCCGCACAUCGCGAAUGCCGUCCGACCGGUGAGAUCGUCUAGUGCAGUAAUAAUAUUACCAUCGAUAUAAAAGUAUUAUUAUUGUUUGUCAUUGUCGGCUGUAGUGGUCUUAUCGUUGGUACCGCAAAGACACUACAUACCUACCACUGAACUUCGUUUACAAUAAAACAUAUUAAUAUAAUACUCGUUUUCAAUAUAAUAUUUAGUAGGCCCGGUGACGAUUUUUAUCGAAUCUCCGCUCGACGCGCUGAUCAUUUCAACAUCAAUUCACGUGAUAUUUCAACGGAAUCGUACGACAAAAAUAUAUUAUAAUAAAAUCAUCAUCUAGCUGUUAGUCUCGUAUUGUAUAGCAAACUUGAGGUCUAAAUCAAAGACAUUCAAACCACACAGACGUCAUGUUGCCCCGGAUUUUGGUGGCCGUUCAGGUAUUACUCGCCGUCGCCUUGGCUGAAAUCCUGAAACCCACGUGGCACCAGUAUUAUUACCCAGGACAUCACGCUUACGGUAUACGGUAUUUUGAAAAGCUGGCUUCGAUGCGAGAGAACUUCCAGAAGGGAAUACCAUACAACAAAUGGGGAUUUUACAACCGAAUAGACACUGCGUCGGUGACGGAGAGCAAAAAGACACGGAGGCUGCGAGUGGGCAGUGGAUGGUGGAAACUAGUGCCGCCGACGGGCGCCGAAAUAAAUUGUGAAUUUCCGAGUACUGUGCCGGUGAUAUCCAACAUCGUGUGGGAACGAGUGGACCCGGGAAAAGCGGACAAGGAGAUGGCCAUGAGGCGAAUGGGCGAGGUGCAGACGUACGACAUGCACCUGAGGCCCAAAGGCAGCACGUUGCAUUUCCACGACGUGACGCCCCUGGACAAGGGCCUUUACAGGUGUCUGGCUUCGUCCGUGGACAGGCUGACGGGUGAACCACAAACGGUGUUUCAAGACACGGACUUCUACCCGGACGUGGUCUGAGCCACGCUCGUCCUCUGAUCAACCCCGGAGACAACGACGACGGCCACAGCUGUUGCAAGCGUGUGCCGAGACUGACAGAGGAACUCACGUCGUUCUAUUAUAUAUGUAAUAAUAUAAUUGAGAUCCCACCGUAGUGUCGCAUACGUUGUAUUAUUUAAACCAUUGUUGUUAUUACUAUUAUUAUUAUUAUUAUUAUUAUUAUUUUUAUUAUUAUUAUUAUCAUUUUUAUUAUUAUUGACAUUGUCAUCGUCGUCGCAUUACCAGAAUAUUCAAGGGCUCGUCUAGUAAUCAAAAAGUGGAGAGGACCCAGACUCAAGAUGUGCACUUGUAAUUCGUAAAAUAUAGAUAAUCAUAGCUUUAAAAUGUGAUUAGCCACCAACAUUAGAGUUUUGUAGGCACUGUUGAAAACAAAAUACUGACAGGUAUAUUGUUUUUUGAGUAAAUACGAGUAGUAAUACGCGAUUAAACAUUUUAUCUAGAUAAUGUCAUAUAAUUUUAAAUGCACGAAAGGUGUAUAUAAUAUGAUACAGUAUCUAAGGGUACCGCCUCCAUAACCCUGAACCAUUACGAAUAUUGUAAUAUCGUUUGCUUGCGAGUAUAAUAUUAUUAUGUGUGUUGGACGAUUAAAUAGUAUAGUGUCCGUUCGGCAACCACGUCGAAGCGUUAAUCCGAUGGUUUUACGGAUCAAACGUGAUCGCGAAGUCUGAAAAAAAUGUCAAGGCUAUCCGUCACGCAAAUCUGUUUUAUUUUUAGAUAGCAAUAAAUUAUGAUGCGCAAAACGUUCUGUUUGUUUUUUAUUUUUAUUCAUAAUAUUAUAGUUAAUUUUUAACAUUAUAUUUAUUAUUACACGCUAC